AGACCUUCUGCAUCAUUGGGCCCGGGUGCCUGCACCGUAGUCGAGUCAAUUCAAGCAAUCUCUGCGCCUGACGAAUCCUGGACUCCAAGGCCUGAUCGAUAAGCCAAAGGUGCCUUUACUGAAAUUUUGGACAGUUGCAUGUGCACAACUGCCAUGGAGCUUGCGUUUGAGCCGGACCGUGCCCCUCCGUCAAGGACUCCAUGCCAAUGAUUCAUUAAUGGCUUACCAAACGCAACUUGCACGUUCAUUUUGCCAUCGAGCGUUAAGGGAAUAUACACCACCGUGUUCGCAGUAUAAAGAGCAGGUAUCCUAGAACCGUAGACACCAUCAUACUCAUAUCCCAUAUCCACCAUUGAAAUGGCAGCUCCCAUUAAGACUUGCGUUCUCGGUGUCGGUCUCGCAGGCCUGACGUUCCAUGUCCCCUUCGUCCUUGCACUCCCUGACCUGUUCAAACUUCAUGCUGUCCUUGAGCGCAAACCUGCGGGUCCAGGAGGCAAGCUCCAAGAACGCUUUGGAGCCGACGUAGCCAAGGACGUCAAGAUCUACAACACCCUUGACGCUGUCCUAGCUGAUCGUGAGAUUGAGCUCGCCAUUGUUGGUACUCCCAACGAGACCCAUUACGAUUUUGCCAAGAAGGUCCUAGAGGCAGGCAAACAUGUAUUGGUCGACAAACCUAUCACCGCCAACUACGCUGAAGCAGUUGAGCUCGGCAAGCUAGCGCAGUCAAAGAACCUUGUGUUCUAUCCCUACCAGAACCGUCGUUGGGACUCUGACUUCUUAGCCCUCCGUUCCCUCCUUUCAUUGCCUGCCGAUGACCCUCAAUCCCUCGGAAACUUGUUCGAGUUCGAAUCACGAUUCGACCGUUUCCGUGAUGCCCUUAAAGGUACCUGGAAAGACCUUCCCCUGCCCGGGGCAGGUCAAACCUACGACCUCGGCGCCCAUCUGAUCGACCAAGCCCUUGUUCUCUUUGGUCGUCCAGCCAAAGUUACCGCACAUAUUGAGAACCUACGUGGGCUUGGAAACAAGGAAGUCGAUGAUAGGUUCACCAUUUUCCUCCACUAUCCCUCCCUCCCACCAAAGACCUCCGCCUCCGUAACCCCCACAUCAUUCACCGCCAUCCUCCGAGGAACCACACUCUCCGUCCGAUCUCCUCAACCUCGUUACGUCGUAAGAGGUACCGGAGGUACUUUCACCAAGUUCGGUGUUGACCCUCAGGAAGAUCAAUUGAGGGCGAUCAAGUCGCCUGCUGAGAUCGUUGACCCUCAGAAUACUGCUUACGGAAAAGAACCUGAGACUUUAUGGGGUACCGUGGAGAAUUUGCGGAAUGGUCAGGUUGUCAAAUCGGUUUGGCCUUCGACGGAGAAGGGUGAUUACGCUGGUCUGUUCAAGGACGUUGCUGCGUCUAUUCGUGAGGGAAAGAACCCUGCAGUCAAGUGGACAGAAUCUGCUGAUGUCAUUGAGAUCAUCGAGUUGGCGCACCAGAGUACGAAAGAGGGCAGGACGCUGGUCGUUCCUACCCGUGCUUAGGUGCAUUGACGUUUGACACACGACAAAGAUUGAAAAGGAAUUCAAUGAGUUAGAAAAGAUGAAGCUUCUUCGAUGUACUUGUACGCUUGCAUUUUAGAGAUAUCCAAGAGUUUUCUUGUUUUCGUGCACCAU